GUCAUCAGACAUUCAGACCUAGAACCCAGAGCCUCCAUCUAAAACCCUCGUCGCCGCAGCAAGCCUGAAUCACUUACGAACCAUUGUGUCCACCGGAGAUAUUGCCGCCGGCAACAUGUCUUGCUCUAUCCGCUUAUCAACUUCCAUUGCUUCAUCGCAUUCUCGGAUCUUCAAUAAAAUUCCGGUUCACAAACACGGCAUUCACGUUCCUAAUUAUGUCUCAAUUCCGAGACCGAUUACGGCGCAUUCUAAAGUCUUGAUCUCCGAAAACCUGAAAAUUACGGCUGCAGGGCAGGUAAAACCGGUUCCCGCGGGGGAGAUAGAGGUGGACAAGGUAACGGAGGCAGAGCUGAAGGAGAAUGGAUUCAGGAGUACACGUAGGACUAAGAUCGUGUGCACCAUUGGACCCCGCACGUGCGGUUUCGAGGAGCUGGAGGCCCUUGCCGUCGGCGGAAUGAACGUGGCGCGAAUCAACAUGUGUCACGGCACUCGCGCAUGGCAUCGUGCCGUUAUCCAGCGGGUGAAGAGGUUGAACGAGGAGAAGGGGUUCGCCGUUGCGGUCAUGAUGGACACAGAAGGGAGCGGGAUUCACAUGGGUGAUCUAAAUGGCGCUGAAUCGGCCAAGGCUGAGGAUGGUGAAAUGUGGACUUUCACUGUUAGAGAAUUUGAUUCUCCUUGCCCGGAACGCACCAUUAAUGUUAAUUAUGAUGGCUUUGCUGAAGAUGUGAAGGUUGGUGAUGAACUACUUGUAGAUGGGGGGAUGGUGAGGUUUGUGGUUGUUGAAAUAAUUGGUCCAGAUGUCAUCUGUCGUUGUUCGGAUCCUGGAUUGUUGUUACCUCGUGCUAAUCUUACUUUUUGGAGGAAUGGGAGUCUGGUUCAAGAGCGUAAUGCCAUGCUUCCUACCAUUUCUUCCAAGGAUUGGCUGGAUAUUGAUUUUGCAAUUGCUGAGGGUGUUGAUUUUAUUGCUGUAUCUUUUGUUAAGUCUGCUGAAGUGAUUAAGCACUUAAAGAGUUACAUUGCUGCAAGAUCUCCUGAUUGCCAAACUGCUGUCAUUGCUAAGAUAGAGAGUGUUGACUCUUUGAAGAAUUUGGAAGAGAUCAUUAAAGCAUCAGAUGGAGCUAUGGUGGCUAGAGGAGACCUGGGCGCACAGAUACCAUUGGAACAUGUCCCAUCGGUUCAAGAAAAUAUAGUUCAGCUCUGCAGGCAGCUAAAUAAGCCUGCUAUUGUGGCCUCUCAGCUAGUUGAAUCCAUGAUUGAAUAUCCUAUACCAACACGAGCUGAAGUUGCUGAUGUUUCUGAAGCAGUUGCACAACAAGCUGAUGCUUUAAUGCUUUCCGGUGAAUCAGCUAUGGGUCAGUACCCUGAGAAAGCAUUAUCUGUGCUUAGAAGUGUUAGUUUGAGAAUUGAAAGAUCAUCAAGGGAGAAGAAGCGCGGUGACUCAUUGGAACUUCCUACCAUUUCAUUCUCUUUGCCUGCUAGCAUUUCAGAGCAGUUGUGCAAUACAGCUGCCAAAAUGGCCAACAAAUUGGAAGUAGAUGCACUUUUUGUGUACACACAAACAGGGCAGACGGCUUCUCUUCUGUCCCGCAAUCGGCCUGACUGCCCAAUCUUUGCAUUUACCCCUACAGCAUCUAUCCGAAGGCGCUUAAACCUUCAGUGGGGUUUAAUACCAUUCCGUCUCAAUUUCACAGACAAUAUGGAGAGCAAUCUAAACAGAACAUUCUCAUUGCUUAAAGCAAGGGGAAUGAUCAAAUCAGGUGACCUCAUCAUUGUUGUCUCUGAUGUUCUGCAAUCUGUUCAAGCAAUUAGCGUUCCCUGAAGUGGAAUACACUCAGUUUAUUGAUUGAGCUUCCCAGUAGGGGUGUCCACGUCUUCAUUCAUUCUAGGUUAGGGAUUUACCAUUUUCUAUUAUACAAUCAAUUAGAGGAUAUGCUUACUCUUAAGCAACACGGCUGCAACACAGUGAGGAAUCUUCCUAUGUGGAUCUUCUUUGUUCUCAUUACAAAUGAUUCGUUUGUCAAUGAUUUAUUGAUUCCUGUCAACCAUAAUAACUUAAUUGGUGGCUUCUUAUAACUAUAAGCUCUGUCUAUGUAAGUUGUUCCUCUUGUUAUUUCUCCUUGUGUCAUAGAUGUUCAGAAGAACUUGGAAUUCUUUUCUAUGUUAUGGUUUGUCCUUAAAUUCGAAUUGUUUACUUUAUUGAUUUUUGCAAUACACUGGCUGCUUUAUU